CCUGCGGUCACGUCUCAUGCCCCGCACUGCAGCCUAACAGCUCACCUCAUCUCGCCAUUGACAGAUAAAGCCUCCCGACCCCCGUCUGACAAAGCAGAAGACCCCAUCGAAUCCCACUCUAAUCGCCAGACAAGAUGACAACCCGCCAGCCCCUAGCAAUCGAAGUGAAGCCCGUGGAGAAAGGCAGCGCAUCGUACGAAACCACCCGCGCCGCCAUCCUCACCGAGCUCGCAUCCAAGAUCCCAAAAGAAUGCCUCCUGCCCCAGGAAAUCAUCGCCAACCCCCCGCUGGACGUCACCGACAUCCCUCGCACAUGUGGCAUCCUCAGCCAGCACGAAUUGGACAUUACGGAGAAGUACGAUGCCGUUGCGCUGGUGCAAGCGACGUCCACUGGCACGCUGAGCGCGGUGGAUGUCGCUACUGCGUUUUGCAAACGGGCGGCUAUCGCUCAUCAGCUCUCGUGCUGCUUGACGGAUUACUUUGUCGAGGAGGCGCUGGAGCGCGCAAAGUAUUUGGAUGAGUAUUUGAAGACGCAUGGCAGGCCAGUGGGGCCGCUCCAUGGUUGUCCGAUUAGUGUCAAGGAGCAUCUGCCUUUGAAAGGCCACUACUCUUCGUGGGGAUUUUUGGUGACGCGGUCGUUUAGUGAGGAGGACUCCUUGAUGGUCAGGAUUCUCCGUGAUGCUGGCGCCAUCUUUUACGUCAAGACGAACCAACCCCAGGCAAUCAUGCACCUCGAGUGUACGGGUUUUCACGGUCGGACUUUGAACCCGUCCAACAUCAGUCUCUCCUCGGGAGGCUCAUCCGGAGGCGAGGCCGCUCUGGUGGCCCUGCGAGGCUCGGUGCUGGGAAUCGGAACCGACAUUGGCGGCUCCAUUCGCGGCCCUGCUGGUUUCUGCGGUAUUUACGGCUUCAAGGCCACUGCAUACACACUUCCUUGCAAAGAUUUCAUCCCCGGUGGAUUUGCCGCCGAGCUGAAUGUCCUGGCUUCAACGGGGCCCAUGGCUAGCUCUCUUCGCGAUGCAGAGCUAUUCGUCAACGUGAUCAAGGCGGGCAAACCGCACCUUGAGGAUCCAAGGGUUCUUCCGUUCCCAUGGACGGGGUUUGAUACCAAGAUCGACCUGCCGUUGAAGAUCGGGAUCAUGACGCAUGAUGGACAGAUCGUGCCACAGCCGCCAGUCCUCCAAGCCUUGAAAUGGGCCGAGCAACAGCUCUCCGGCGUCACAAACGUCACCACCAAACCCUUCAUGCCAUACAAGGCCGCCACCGCCAUGUCCUCCAUCCGCAAAGCCUACUGGCCCGAUAGCGGACUCCCCGACAUUCGCGCCUGCGAAGCUACCGGCGAACCCUGGCAUCCCCUCAGCGACUGGAUCAUCAAAGACGUCAAGGGCGAGCGGGAGCGGACGGGAAGCGAGGUGAAUGAGCUGCGCUUCGCGCGUGAUACGUAUCGCAGCGAGUUCGCGAUGGACUGGAACAGGCAGGACGUCGAUUUCGUCUUGUGUCCGGUGUUUGUCGGGCCGGCUAGUGCGCACGAUACCGCUUUCUACUGGAAUUAUACCGCGCUGUUUAAUUACGUCGACUAUCCCGGUGUCGUCUUCCCGACCCCGGUUCGCGCGGGCAAGGAGAAGGAAGAGUAUCCGGCCGAAUUCAGUACACCGCUGGGUCCGGAAGAUGAGCAUGUGAGGCAGAUGUGGAGGGAGAGCAAUUUUGAGAAUGCGCCAAUCAACCUGCAACUGGUGGCCCGGAAGCAUCAUGACAACGAGCUCUUCGGCGCCUUGGCGAUCUUGAAAGACGCCCUGAAGCUUCAAUAGCCAAACCGAUAACCACGCCACCAUAGCGUCGCCAGCACGCCCCCCGCAGGCACCGCAAGCGCCAAGCUGACCUUGGUGACCAUUUUCCCAACCGCCAACCACCAUAUCAGCUUCAUCAUAUUGACAAACAUCC